AUGUCAUGGAAUGUGACUUCAACGUCUACUAUCAACACAACUACUAGUGAAGGAACAAUCUCUCCAGUUAUUCCAACUUCCAAUAUCUUCAUCACUCUAAUCAUGUGUAUCACUUUUCUUUUUGGACUGGUCGUGAACAGUCUUUACCUUUGGGUUCUUGGAUUUAGGAUAAGCAAAACUGUUAACUCCACUUGGUUUUUCCAUUUUAUUCUGGCUAACCUAGUAUUCACCCUGAUCUUACCAUUUAUAGCAGUUUAUAUGCUCACAUAUCCUCACUGGAUAUUGGGACUUGUCAUGUGUAAGCUUCUGAACUCUUUAAUGUCUGUUGCAAUGUUUGAAGCAGUUUUUAUGCUCACAGUCAUCAGCAUAGACCGUUAUCUACUGGUUUUCCACCCACACUGGUAUAGAAGACACAUGACGCCUCGCUAUGCAACUAUUAUCUGCAUAUUCAUAUGGGGAUUGGCCAUCAUCUGUAGCUCUCCUUACAUUGUGUUUCGCCAACUCCGAAAAGAAAAAAACGCCACUUUUUGUCAGAAUGAUUAUACUCUUUCUCGAAAAUGGGAUUCUCAACAUAGAGAAAUUAAGAUCAAAUGGAUCCUUUUCACAUUCCGUAUUCUUGUAGGUUACCUCCUCCCAUUUUUUGUUAUCCUAUUUUGUUAUUUACAAAUUGCCCUAAAGUUGAAGAAAGAGAAAAUGGCCAGAACUAGCAAGCCCUACAAGAUCAUCACCAUUGCAGUUCUCUCUUUUUUUGUCUGUUGGUUGCCUUACCAUUUGUGGUAUGGAAUGAGUAUAGAAAAGGGAAGGUUCGAAGAAACCACCCUGGGAGUAUUACGAAUCCUUACUACUUGCUUGACAUGUUUAAACUUCUGUUUCACCCCAAUAUUUUAUCUCUUUAUUGUUGAUAGCUUCAAGAAAGUGUUCAAAAAGUCUAUAUUGUCCUUGAUUGAGUCGGUGCUUAAUGACGCCUUUGUGUCAAUGAACCGAAGCCUAGAAGAAAAAAUGCAACAUUCCUCAUCUUUUGUCAGAGAUGAAAUGAAUGUAGACAAUAUAUAA